AUGGUGCUGUCUGAGCUGGCAGCGCGCCUCAACUGCGCCGAGUACAAGAACUGGGUGAAGGCGGGCCACUGCCUGCUGCUGCUGCGCGGCUGUCUGCAGGGUUUCGUCUCCCGCGAGGUGGUCGCCUUCCACCGCGGCCUGCUCGCCGCCGCCCCCAACCUGGGCCCCCGCGCCACCUGCUGCAGCGGCUCUCGGUGCAGCCCGCGCGCUCGCCAGUUUCAGCCUCAGUGUCAGGUAUGCGCAGAGUGGAAACAGGAGAUUUUGAAACACCACACCAACAGGAAUGGAGACGUCCACUGGGGAAACUGCCGACCGGGCCGGUGGCCCGUCGACGCCUGGGAGGUGGCCAAGGCCUUCAUGCCCCGAGGACUGGCAGACAAAACAGGCCCUGAGGAAUGUGAUGCCGUUGCCCUUUUAAGCCUCAUCAACUCCUGUGAUCACUUCAUGAUUGAUCGAAAGAAAGUCACAGAGGUGAUUAGAUGUCGUAAUGAGAUCAUGCAUUCUUCAGAGAUGAAAGUGUCUUCUCUGUGGCUUCGAGAUUUUCAGAUGAAGAUCCAAAAUUUUCUGAAUGAAUUCAAGAAUAUUCCAGAGAUUGUGGCAGCCUAUGCCAGAAUAGAACAGCUGUUGACAUCUGACUGGGCUGUUCACAUCCCUGCAGAAGAUCAGCUAGAUGGAUGUGAAUAUGAAACAGCAGUUUACCUGAGUGAGAGCCAAGUAAAUGAAAUAGAAAUGGAAUUACUAAAGGAGAAACUUCAAGAGAUCUAUCUUCAAGCACAAGAACAAGACGUGUUGCCUGAAGAGAUCUUAAAUCAACUGGAAGUAGUGAAAGAAUUUCUGAGAAACAAUGAGGAUCUUAGAAAUGGUCUUACCGAAGAUAUACAGAAGCUAGACAGCCUCCAUCUACAGCAUCAAAAACCAAGUUCAAAGGAACCUGGGGCACAGACACCUGAAGGGAAGGCCUGAGGCUGCCCUUUGACAAAACCCAGGCAUGUUAUGUGAAGGUCGGCAUGGCUUCAAUCUCAGCCC